CCGCAGCCCCGAGCGCUUCCAGCCCCGCGCCGAGCCCAGCCCGCCUGGCCUGGCAGCUUCCAUCCACUGCUGGCCCACGAGCAAGGAGCUGUGGCUGCCCCUGGAGGAGGAUCCAGGGAUGGCAGUGGCUCCAGCAUCUCCCAGGGCUGCAGGGGGUUCAGCCCCUCAGCGGGGCACCCCAGGCCUGUGACAGCUUAACCAUCACCCGUGCUCCCCACCGGCCCCACCCACCCAACCACAGACCACAGCCAUGGGCGGCUGCUUCUCCAAACCCAAGCCAGUGGAGCUCAAAAUCGAGGUGGUACUACCAGAGAAGGAGCGAAGCAAGGAGGAGCUGGUGGCCGGCGGGAAGGGCAGCCCCCGGACCUACCAGGGCAAUGGCACCGCCCGCCACUUCCACGCCGAGGAGCACCUGCCGGCCCCGCACCCCUACCCCGGCCCUCAGGACUGCGUGGAGGCCGCCGUCUGUCACGUCAAAGACCUGGAAAACAGCCAGAUGCGGGAAGUGGAGCUAGGCUGGGGGAAGGUGUUGCUGGUGAAAGAUGGCGGGGAAUUCCAUGCCUUAGGCCACAAGUGCCCACACUACGGUGCACCCCUGGUCAAAGGCGUGCUGUCCCGGGGCCGCGUGCGCUGCCCCUGGCACGGUGCCUGUUUCAACAUCAGCACCGGGGACCUGGAAGACUUCCCGGGCCUGGACAGCCUGCACAAGUUCCAGGUGAAGAUUGAGAAGGAGAAGGUGUACGUCCGGGCCAGCAAGCAGGCCCUACAAAUGCAGAGGAGGACCAAGAUGAUGGCCAAGUGUAUCUCUCCAAGUGCCGGGCACAGCGGCAGCACCAAUGUGCUCAUUGUGGGUGCAGGUGCAGCAGGCUUGGUGUGUGCGGAGACACUGAGACAGGAGGGCUUCUCAGACCGGAUCGUCCUGUGCACGCUGGACCGGCACCUCCCCUACGACCGGCCCAAGCUGAGCAAGUCCCUGGAUGCGCAGCCUGAGCAGCUGGCCCUGAGGCCCAAGGAAUUCUUCCGGGCCUACGGCAUCGAGGUGCUCACAGAGGCCCAGGUGGUCACCGUGGAUGUGAGAAACAAGAAGGCGGUAUUCAAGGAUGGCUUCAAGUUGGAGUACAGCAAACUGUUGCUGGCGCCAGGCAGCAGCCCCAAGACCCUCAGCUGCAAAGGCAAAGAGGUGGAGAACGUGUUCACCAUCCGGACACCUGAGGAUGCCAACCGCGUGGUGAGGCUGGCCCGGGGCCGCAAUGCCGUGGUCGUGGGAGCUGGCUUCCUGGGGAUGGAGGUGGCCGCCUACCUGACCGAGAAGGCCCACUCAGUGUCCGUGGUAGAGUUGGAGGAGACGCCCUUCAGGAGGUUCCUGGGGGAGCGCGUCGGUCGAGCCCUCAUGAAGAUGUUUGAGGACAACCGGGUAAAGUUCUACAUGCAGACGGAGGUGUUGGAGCUGCGGGCCCAGGAGGGAAAGCUGAAGGAGGUUGUGUUGAAGAGCAGCAAGGUUGUGCGGGCUGACAUCUGCGUGGUGGGCAUUGGUGCGGUGCCUGCCACCGGCUUCCUGAGGCAGAGCGGCAUUGCCCUGGAUUCCCGCGGCUUCAUCCCUGUCAACAAGAUGAUGCAAACCAACGUCCCCGGCGUGUUUGCAGCCGGCGACGCCAUCACCUUCCCGCUAGCCUGGAGGAACAACCGGAAAGUGAACAUCCCACACUGGCAGAUGGCGCAUGCGCAGGGGCGCGUGGCGGCGCAGAACAUGCUGGCCCAAGAGGCGGAGAUCAGCACGGUGCCCUACCUCUGGACGGCCAUGUUCGGCAAAAGCCUGCGAUAUGCUGGCUACGGAGAAGGCUUCGAUGACGUCAUCAUCCAGGGGGCUCUGGACGAGCUGAAGUUCGUGGCUUUUUACACCAAAGGUGACGAGGUGAUUGCCGUGGCCAGCAUGAACUACGAUCCCAUCGUGUCCAAGGUGGCUGAGGUGCUGGCCUCUGGCCGCGCCAUCCGGAAGCGGGAGGUGGAGACGGGCGACAUGUCCUGGCUCACCGGGAAAGGAUCUUGAGCUUGCACACGCUGGAUCUGGGCGGCCAUGCUGGGGCCCCAGGGGCAGAGGCCGAGCCCCAGGGGCAGGUGCCAAUCAACCUCCAGUUUCCCAGGGCAGAACCCGAGUCCUCUCACAGUGCUUGCCUUCAGCAGCCUGGCACCACCCCCCUAGAGAGGCAUCGGCUGCCUGCAGAAGAUGCUCACGCGCCCAGAGCCUCGGCCGGCACUGACAGCCUGCCCUGGGGGCGCGCCAGGCGCUGCUGCUCUAACCGCGGUUGGGUCAGGUCGUGUUAGAUAGUACCUGAACAUUAAAACGCACACACUUCCAGACCCAUGUGACUCCCGGUGUCAUCGCUAGCAGGCACAAGGCACAGAACGCCAGGUGUCACGACAGGGACGCCUGGCCCCGAGCACACCCCCGCCCGCGCCCCUCUUCCCCACCAGGGCCAGACGGGGCUUUUCAGCAAGUGCCUUUGGCUCUAGCAGACAGGCAGAAGCGACAGCAGGUGCAAAGGCACACUUUGUGGGGCGGUCUGCAGGAGCUGGUCCCGACACAGACCCCACGCCGCUCACUGCCGCCAGUUUUCUGCAAUCCCACCUCGCAGGUGACAGAAGUAGGACUGAGAAUCUGGAGGCUCCGCGCCACCGGGAGCCGGGAGGCCGGAGGUUCACGGCUGGGGAGGCGAGAGCCAGGAGGGGCUCGGCGGGCGGCCGACGGGAGCCGCUGCCGAGCCCGGAACCCAUAGUCUGGGUUUCCGGAAGUGGCGGACGAUCCCAGCCGCAACCCCGCGCAGACACGGGGCAUGCCGGGAAACGAGAGCCCGGUCUGAUGGGUUUGCGGGUGGAGUGGGCCUAGCAAGCUCGGGGGAACUGGAGACGGGACACCGCAGUCCCUGGCGCCCAUAUUUCGCAAGAAAUGCGUUC